AUGCUUAUUCUGUGGACAGCCAUACACAAAACAGUACCAGGGGAGUACCCACCCCCUGAAGGCAGAGAUCUCUGGGAUUCGGCCAUGGCUUUGCCACAUUGGGUGACUACCUCCAAGGUGCGGAUGACUCACCUUGCCAGUGCGAACAGCAGCACUGACUCAAUGUGUGGCAGCCCCGUGUGCAGCUGGAGAAAUUCCAGUUCAAAGCUCACGCCGGCAGUGUGCUCAGGCUACCAGGCCAGUGCAGGCAAGACCCUGCACAGCUGCCAAGUGGCCGACGCCAUGGGAGGAGUGCCCCAGCCGUUCAGGCAGGCAGCAGACGGGCCAGGCGCGCCCGUGCCAGUGCAUUUUGUAACUCCAUCCAAACUCAAUGCCUUGACCUUAUUUGCUAGUGAGAGAACAAGAGGGCAGCUUGCAUUGACUCUCUCCACGAUCAGCCUGUUGCCGAACGAAGAUGUGAACCCUGGCCUCACAACAGGACUAAACUUGGAGGAUGUCCUCUCUUACCCCGAGGACCCUGCCUGUGUAUACGAGGCCCUGAAGGCCAUCACACCCAAAGGUGUCACCUCCGUCUCUCAGAUCUUCCACAGUCCAGACCUAGCCAUAAAGGACACCUAUGUGAAUGGCUCUCAGAGCCUGUAUGGCAGCAGCCCCAAAGUCCUGAGUAAUGACAGCGAUGUCAACUUGAAGCUCAUCAAUGCCUGGGUGGAUGAGAGCACCAACCACAAGAUCAGCCAGCUGCUGGACAGUCUGCCUGCUGACACCAGCCUCGUUCUUCUCAAUGCUGUGCACCUGAGUGCCAAGCGGAAGAAACCCUUCGAUAAUAAAAAAAAAAAAAAAAAAAAAAAGAUGGAGCCCUUCCACCUUAAAAAACUCUGUGAUAAAAGCCCUGUGGCUCAUUUCAGUGACUCAACUCUGAAAGCCAGGGUAGGGCAGCUGCAGCUCUCUCACAACCUGAGCUUUGUGAUCCUGGUGCCCCAGAGCCUGAAGCACCGCCUGGAAGAUGUAGAGAAGGCUCUCAGCCCUGCUGUCCUCAAGGCCGCCCUGAUGAAGCUAGAGUCGUCCAGGUUCCAGCCGACUUUCCUGCUGAUGCCCCGGAUCAAAGUGAGGAGCAGCCAAGACAUGCUGUCAAUCAUGGAGAAACCAGAGUUCUUUGACCGUAGUUACGACCUCAGUCUGUGUAAGCUGACGGAUGACCCGGAUCUUCUGGUGUCCACCAUGCAGCACCAGACCGUGCUGGAGCUGACCGAGACCGGGGUGGAGGCGGCUGCCACCACAGCCAUCUCUGUGGCCCGCAGCUUGCUCGUCUUCGAGGUGCAGCAGCCUUUCCUACUCUGGGACCAACAGCACAAGGUCCCUGUCUUCAUGGGGCGAGUGCACGAUCUCAGGGACUGA